GUCGCCCUUUAUCUGUCAGUCUGUUUGUUUACAUUUACAAAAGCCUCGAACAUAAUUUUGCGUUCGUGCGAGAAUUCAGAACUUAUUAGUUUACAAGUUUUAGUUUUAGAUCCAGUUUUAUAUAGUAAUACAGUGGAUUACUUUACUCGCUAUUGUAGCUUACUAAACCGUAGGCCUGCUCAUCCACAAUGGAACCAAUGAAACCAAUUUUCAACUACACCCUUGAUAAUUCAAAGCUGACCCUUGAACAAAGAGAAUUCUAUGAAAAAAAUGGUUUUCUUGUUGUCAAGGAAUUAGUUGAUGCAAAAUUUCUGGAUAACUGCAAGCAAAGAUUUGUGGACUUGUGCGAUAAAAAUGUACCAUGGGGUUCACUUAUCAUGAUGGACAUUUCCUUGAUAAAGAAGGGUGCUGUCGGAGAAAAUCUCUUCUAUAAAGUCCAGGAUUUGUGUAUGACGAUGUUCUGUUUGAAUACUGCAGACAUCCAACUAUCCUGGAUUAUGUUGAAUGUUUUACUGGGCCCAACAUUAUGGCUAUCCAUACAAUACUUAUCAAUAAACCACCUGAUUCUGGAAGCCUUACUUCCCGUCAUCCCUUACACGGAUCUUCAUUAUUUCCCUUUCCGCCCGGCUAAUAGAAUCGUUUGUUCUUGGACGGCUAUGGAAGACAUCACACCCGAGAACGGAUGUGUGAUUGUCCUUCCUGGAUCCCAUACAGGAGAAUUGCUUCAGCACGACUAUCCUCAAUGGGUGAACGGAGUAAACAAGAUGUACCGCGGCGUACGGGGUUACGACGACCACCCGAUUGUCGAAUUAUCGAUGAAAAAAGGGGAUACGGUUUUCUUUCACCCCAUUUUGAUCCACGGUUCGGGUCCUAAUCGGACUCAAGGCUUCCGCAAAGCUAUUUCUACUCACUACAGCUGCGCUGAAAUGAAAUUCAUCGACAUUCGAGGCACGUCGCAGAAAAAUAUCGCCAAAGAAGUUGUGGAGGUGACGAAACGUCGCGGACCUGAACUCAAUUUUCAGGACAAAUUCCGCAGUCGACUUGUACGAGGCCACCAGCCAGUAAAGUGGUUCAGUUCCCUGUGAUGACGACCUUGAAUCAUUUUGAUAUUAUAGUUUGCGCAAUACUCUUUCCAGCACAAAUUAACUUUUGGCCUUAUUCAAUCAAUCUCAUUUAUUUUUUACUUCUAGCUCUACUGUUAACGGGUAUCUAUCAGCUGCUGAUCGGAUUGCAGUUGUGUUUCGAUAAUACAAUUUGUAAUCAAGCUGCAA